GUGCCGGAUUUCCUACUUCCGGUUUGCGGGAAGAACGGUGCGGUGGAACCUGUCUGUGGAUUGUGGCUACGUGUUCAGGUAUAAAUCUACCCAUCAACAUUGCCAGGAACAAUGGUAUCUAAGCAGGCCUUUAUGUUCAGCUUGGGCUCCCUCUAUCUGUCCCUCCUCUUUGUAUUCCUUCUUAUGGACGUCUAUGCCAGGCCGGCAAACAAUUCUGCUUUAAAGGAGAAACCCCUGGAAAACAAAAACGAGAAUGAGAUACUGCCUCCCGAUCACCUGAACGGGGUGAAGUUGGAAAUGGAUGGCCACUUGAACAAAGAGUUCCAUCAGGAGGUGUUCCUGGGCACAGACACAGACUUCAAUGAAGACUCAGAGCCUAGCAGGAAUAGGAAGAAACUAGCCAUUAUCUUUUCCAAAGUGGAUGUGAACAAAGACAACCAAAUCAGUGCCCAGGAAAUGCAGCAAUGGAUCAUGGAUAAGACGGAAGAGCAUUUCAAGGAGGCCGUGAGGGAGAAUAAGCUUCACUUCCAGGCUGUGGAUCCAGAUGGAGACGGGCAUGUGUCUUGGGAUGAGUAUAAGAUCAAAUUUCUUGCCAGCAAGGGUUUCAAUGAGGAAGAGGUUGCAGAGAAGGUGAAGAACAAUGAGGAAUUGAAGAUUGAUGAAGAGACCCAAGAAGUCCUGGAAAACCUCAAGGACCGAUGGUUCCAAGCAGAUAACCCACCAGCGGAUCAAGUCUUGAAUGAACAGGAGUUUCUGGCCUUCUUGCAUCCAGAGCAUAGCCGAGGAAUGCUCAAAUUCAUGGUGAAAGAAAUAGUCCGUGACCUAGACCAGGAUGGCGAUAAGAAGCUGACACUCUCCGAGUUCAUUUCUCUACCCGUGGGCACAGUCGAGAACCAGCAGGCCCAGGAUAUUGAUGAUGAUUGGGUGCGGGACCGGAAAAAGGAGUUUGAAGAAGUGAUUGAUACCAACCAUGAUCACAUUGUCACCAUAGAGGAGCUGGAGGAAUACAUGGACCCCAUGAACGAAUACAACGCUCUGAACGAAGCCAAACAGAUGAUCGCUGUAGCAGAUGAAAAUCAAGACCACAAUCUGGAUCUAGAGGAAAUCCUAAAGUACAGCGAGUAUUUUACAGGCAGCAAACUGAUGGACUACGCGCGGAACGUUCACGAGGAGUUCUAAACCUCUCCCGCCGCUCACCCUGAUGAACCACCCCAUAUUUAUAGCUGAAGAAGCUCUAGUCACAGGGACAUCUCUCGCAGUCUGAUGAGAGAACAUACACCAGUCUUGCUGCUACCUGUGUAUUCCUAGUGUGCAGUAUUGAGUGGGGGGAGAUCUCCUUCCCUGCCAUCUCGCAAACUUCAUGGCAGAAUUUGCACAUAUGUCAUGGCUUUGAUUUGCUUCAGUGAUGUGCUUCAUCCCAGUAAUGUAAUUCUAAGAAAUGCCUGCAGAGUCCACUCUCUUCUCUGCAACUGAUCAUCCUUGAUG